UAUAGCGUUCAGCACGCAGCCCGAGUCAAGGAAGAAGUUGUGUAACUAGAAAUCCCGGUGUGGGGAAAUCAUACACGUCACGCCCGGUUUCCAGGAAAGUGGGUUCUUUACAGUAGUUCAAUGUUUAUCUGCAGAAGUUAAGCUACCCAUUGGAUCUGUCAAACUGAAUGUUUCUAUUUGUUGCACAAUUCAAAGACAGACGUUGAGUUGGGGCUGAGUGUCAUUAUGAGAUGUUGCCUCUUAGUGCCUCCUUCGUGCAAAUCAAGUUUGAUGACAUCCACUUCUACGAGAACUGCGGCGGCGGCAGCUUCGGGAGCGUGUACCGAGCCAGGUGGAUCCCUCAGGACAAAGAGGUGGCGGUGAAAAAGCUGCUCAAGAUCGAAAAUGAGGCUGAAAUCCUCAGUGUACUGAGCCAUCGGAACAUCAUUCAGUUCUAUGGGGCGAUCCUUGAAGCACCCAACUAUGGAAUUGUCACUGAUUAUGCCAGUGGAGGGUCCCUGUAUGACUACCUGUCCAGUGCAGAGAGUGAGGAGAUGGACCAGGAACAGGUCAUGACUUGGGCCAUGGAGAUUGCCAAAGGCAUGCACUAUUUACACUCAGAGGCCCCGGUCAAGGUUAUCCACAGAGACCUGAAGUCCAGGAAUGUGGUUGUGACGGCAGACAAAGUUCUUAAGAUCUGUGAUUUUGGGGCGUCCCGGUUCCACUCCCACACCACACACAUGUCCCUGGUAGGCACGUUCCCCUGGAUGGCCCCGGAGGUCAUCCAGAGCCUGCCCGUGUCUGAGACCUGUGACACCUAUUCCUACGGCGUGGUUCUGUGGGAGAUGCUCACCCGGGAGAUUCCCUUUAAAGGCUUGGAGGGUUUACAAGUCGCCUGGCUGGUGGUGGAGAAGAGUGAGAGGUUAACCAUUCCCAGUCGCUGCCCAGACAGUUUCGCUGUGCUGAUGAGGAAGUGCUGGGUCACUGAUCCCAAGGAAAGACCAAUGUUCAAACUUAUCCUUACAACCUUGGAGUCCAUGUCCAAUGACAGCAAGCUUCCCGAGCAGUGCAACUCCUUCCUACACAACAAGGCAGAAUGGAGCUGUGAGAUCGAGGCCACACUCGAGAGACUGAAGAAGUUGGAGAGGGAUCUGAGCACCAAAGAGCAGGAACUGAAGGAGAGAGAACGUCGCCUGAAGAUGUGGGAGCGCAAGCUCAUCGAGCAGUCCAACACCCCGCUCCUUCCCAACCUUCAUAUUCAUUCCUGGACAGAGGAACAUGUGUACUUUUGGAUGGAGCAGAUAUUUGGGGCGGAAGAGGGGGCAUAUGGCAUGCAGCUGUAUGGUGACCUGUUUAAGGAAAACCACAUCACUGGCAAGAGGCUGCUGCUGCUCACGGAAACAGACAUGCGAGACCUGGGGGUCAGGUCCAAAGGUCACAUCAUGCACCUCAAGAGUGAAAUUGAGAAGCUGACCAAUGACUACAUUGGGCUCUUCCACUUCCCUCCACUAAUGAAGGAUGAGUGGGCAGAGGAGGAGGAGGAGGAGACGAGGAAGAUCGUUAAUCUGGAGCUAGUGUUUGGGUACCACUGGAAAGCAGGAACAGGUCACUCAGUAGGUCUUCAAUGGACACUGAAAAUAUUCAAUGACAAAUAACCAAGAUGUCUUGGUACUUUUUUUUAGAUAUUUUGUCCCUGCAUUUUCAAAUGUAUCUGUAAAAUAAUUUAGUCUCAGUUCUGGUUUGGUUCAAAUGCAUAUAGUCAAAGCAAACUUGUUGUCAGAUAAGAUUGAAACUGGUAUGUCAAGAUGGAAAUGGUCAUCUUCGAGAUGCUGUUUCUCGAGGUAAAGAUGCCCAUAUGUUCCCCAUCAAACUCACGCAAACACUGACCACUGUUUCACUGAGCUUUCUUUGCCUUCAAGACAUAUCCUUACAAGAGAAACAGAUUAAUAAAUAUUUCAUAUAAAGCCAUGCAUCCCAUCCACCCCCACUUGCUCAUCGUCCUUUGUUAGGGUCUCAAACGCUGGAGAGAGGCUGCUUCUCCACUUGCUUUUUGAAUUCCAUAAAAAAUAGCCCAUUUAGCCAGAAGUCAUUUUCUUUUUAAAAGGCAAAUGUUAUUUAAUCUUUCAGCUGUUCAUUGUCCCAUCAUAAAUAGUCCCCUUUCAGUGAGUUCGGCGGGGCUGAAACGAGCCUGCUAAUUGCCUCCCAUUUCUUCUGACAUGUGGUGCUUUAGUGGGUAGAAAACACAGCAGGGAGAAGGAAACAGGAGGCUGAGAAAAUGAGAGCUAAUUAUUUUCCCCCUGCCUGGUGUCAGGUUCUGUGUCAGCCUUGUUUUUACAAACUGGAAGGUUUUUUUGCACUAAAUAAAACAAACCCGCACUGCUUUUUUUCCCGCCUCUCUUUGCUGGCGGUGUCAUAGUAGCAGCUGCACUUCUCAAAGACAAAAUGAGGGCCUGCGAUUGUGCGGCCACCAUCUGACAACCACUGAGGGUCCCCUACUAAUGAGGAUAUCACCGCGCAGCCAAGAGAAAGGUGCUGAAUUAUGUAUGAGUUGUCAUUAGAGCAGACGCACUCCGGUCUUGGGCAUCAUUAUCAGACAUUGUUUCUGCUGGAGUGAUUAGACCAGCGUGGACCUGGGGGCCCUGGUGCGACUGGCCAGGGCCGACACAGGGCCGCUGCCUGGUGUGUCUCGGAGCCAGAGCCUUCCUCACACUUGCUCCCCCUUUGAGCCCCGGCCAGUCCCUGGGGACGGUGCAGGAGUGGGCUGAGGCUCCUCAGACGAGUGUGUUAGUGGCACUUCUUUGAUGUCUUCUUCUGUGAUCCUCCACACAAUAGAUUGGUCCACACCGUGAACCCUGUGUGGUUAAGCAGUGACCUGUGGCUUCAUGGCUGGCUUUUGGGGAUGGCAAAAUCAUUACUGCUUUGUCAGCAUGCAAUAUUCAGAAGGAGUAUGGCGUUGGGGUUUGCUCAGAUUUGUAUUUCCUAGUGAGGAUUUGAUCCCUAUGUCCAUUGAGCAGAAAAUAUUGAAAUACUGAGUUGAUUUUCAGCUAACUGGAAUAACAUUAGCAUUACACUGUAUUUUUUCACAAAAAAUAGCACCAUCUGUCAAGAUUCUGCAAACCAUAUCCACUACAGGAAAUAAUACUAGAUAUCCACCAUAGCAACUUAUGUUUACCCCUGAAGUAAAAUAAAUGUCUUUGCAAGCA